GUGAAAUUGACCUCAAUAUUACUGUGGUCCGUGGAUCUGCAACAUGUAUAUGCUACCCUGCCGACCGUCCCCGUCGAAAUGCACAUCCUUAACAUUGGUGAUUAAACGCCAUAUAUCGCGGGCUGCCUCAAAACACCACGUCCGCAUGCGCGCCCUUGUCUCUUUAUACCACCAGUGCGACACCUUUGUAACUCCCGAAAACCUCUCCCAGAAAAUCGAUGAAGCCUUUGUUCCCCGAACAAACAAUCUCACCUACAACUCCAACUUCGAGAAACGCAGUUUUGCAGAGCUGAAGAGGUUAGCUGCCGAAAGAGAAGAGGAGCCACGCCAUUUCUUCGGAAAGAGCAUGAAGCUGUCUCCCAUCGGCCUAAGGGGAUCGUUGGCAUCUUCAAGCCCCAACAACGACCAACAAAGAACCGCGAGGGCAACAGAGGCGCUCGUAGGGGUGAGCCGGGAUGGGAAGCCGUUGUGGACUGCAGUCCAAGAGAAUGCACCGAAAAUAGAAAAACAACUACAGGAAGAUCGGAGGCAGGGCGUUUAGCUAGAGUUGUCACUUGGCCUUGCGGAUGGUUAGGCAGACUCAUUAGAGUGACUCAGCAUUAUUUUUAUUUUCAUUCUGCCAUAUUGCAUCCGGUUACUCCUUAUAUUGACGGCGAACUUCUGGCUCAUCAUGGACCUGUAAU